AUGCGAAGCUCUGAGACUUGUAGGAGGAACACUAUGGUGUUCGAGCAUCAAGGUAACCUCUCCUCGAAACUUCAAAAGUUGAAUAGAGAAGUAUAUGGGCACAUUGGUAGAAGGAAACAAGAUCUUACGAGGCGUAUUGGCAAAAUCCAAGCCGCAUUUGAUAGGAAGUGUUCAAGAUUUCUAUUGGAGCUAGAAUUGAAGCUAAAAAUUGAGUAUGAAAAUAUCAUUGAUGAAGAAGAAUCUUUAUGGCGGCAAAAAUCAAAAAUUGAGUGGAUUCAACAAGGAGACUGGAAUACUAAUUAUUUUGACACUAAAACUUUGAGACGGAGGAAUUUCAACAAAAUUUCUACUUUAAAAGUUAAUGGUGAUUGGUGUUUUAAGGAUGAGGCCCUUCAACGAGAAGCAAUUAGGUUUCAUAAAUCUCUCCAUUAUUUGGAUGAUCAAAGCCAAGUAUUUCUUUCCCUUGCCUGGGAUUUCUCAAGGAUCGAUAUGGAGGGUUUAGAGACUAUGACUAGGGAGGUGACCAUUAAUGAGAUUCAUAGUGAUCUUUUUAAUAUGGGUCCACUGAAGGCCCCAGGUUCAGAUGGCUUUCAUACGUUGUUCUACCAGAAUUAG